AUGGACGCUGGGUUUCGAAUCGGCAUCGAGCUGGAGAUCCUUUUGACACACCGCAAGAAAGCCAAAGAUGAAUUUCCAGAUCUUGAAGCUUUCGCAAACCAUCUCAUCGCCCAUUUCCACGCCGCCCGUCGUCCAUACCCUCGAGUACACAAUGAUGUUGAUGGUAUUUAUGAAGGCUCAGAAAUAUCCGCUGAGUGGUCUCUCACGGAUGAUGUGACUAUCAAGCCAGAUACUGAUGACCAAUAUCAGGGUCGCUGGAGCUCGUGUCUCCCAUCCUUCAAUACCAUGAGAGAAGUCUAUGGCGUGAUGAAGUUCGCCACAUGUUCAGAGCUCUCUCUUUGCCCUUGGAGCCUCGACACGUUGAAAUCAAUCUGCCGCAGCAUCUUCUACUUCGAAGGCGCCAUACUGGCUAUUGUCCCAGACCACAGACGAAGCAAUGCCUAUACUGCCAGCAACCGAUGCGAUAAUUCACGCUUGAAAGGAAAGAGUGUUCGCGAAUGCUUAAGCAUUCUGGAUGGGUGCGAAAAUCACGUGGAAAUCGUUGACUUGAUGAACGAUAAUGGCAGAAGAUACUUUGCGUGGAACUUCACGAAUCUUUAUUACGGUGGUAAGGCCACUCUCGAGUUCCGCCAAGCACCAGGAGCAUCAGACGAGACAGCAUGUUUGCCGUGGGUAGAGUUUGUGGCCUCAUUUGUCAACUCAUCCAAGAUGAUGUCAUCAGAUCGGAACAUUUCUCGCUUUUCACGGGAUGUUCAGGGAUUGCGAAGAUUUCUUACGAGCUUCGGUGUGUCUGGUUCCAAUCGCGGAAUUCUCGAGUCACUCUUCCGGGGAAAGUCUGGAUACAUUAACCCGAGCCCUGUGCGAGCACUGGUUACAGCAGAGCAAGAGACGCUCAAGGCAAAGGAGGACGAAGGGAACGCAAAGAACCUGGUUAUGAAGAAAUUACAAAGCAUGUAG